AUGACAAUUGCCAACAAGAUGCGGAUUCAUAGAGAGAGUCUUGAAGACGUCACCAUUGUUGAGAAGAUCAUGCGGUCCAUGUUGCCGAAAUUCACUUUUGUUAUCUGCUGCAUUGAAGAGUUCAAAGAUUUGGAUAUUCUUUCACUUGAUGAAUUACAAAAUUCUUUAAUGGUUUAUGAGCAGAAGAUUGUUCAACAGGAUGUAGAAGAGCUAGCAUUACAAAUAACCACAAUCUCCAAAGAUUCUGGGCACAGAAGGAGUAAGUGUAAGGGAAGAAACUCAGAGAAAACUGAAGAGGGAAAUCGAAAAAAGAAUGGUCAGCAUGAUCAUGAUCAACGACACUCGUCCAAUGGGAAAGCAAGCAACCAUUUGUCUGGAGAAAAAUCUGCAUUUUCUGAACUAGAUGAAACUUUUCGCACAACAGUCAAGUUUGGGGAUGAUUCUCGUAUUCCACUCAAAGGGAAAGGGAAGGUGAAACUCCAAACAAAGUCUUCAUCUAUGCAGAUUAUCUUUGAUGUUUUCUUUGCACCAGACCUGAAAACAAAUCUUAUCAGUGUGGGUCAACUUAAAGAGAACGGCUACGAAGUGUCUAUCAAGCAUGGAAUUUGCAGGAUGCGAGAUUCUAAUCUUGGAUUGAUCGCUAAAGCUAAGAUGACGGAAAAUAAGCUUUUCCCACUUGAUAUGCAUGAUAUUGGCUCUACCAAUUUUUGUUUUUCAACAAAGUUGAAUAGUCAAGCAUGGCUUUGGCACUACAGAUAUGGGCAUUUGAAUUUUGGAGGACUGAAAAUGUUGCAGCAAAAGAAGAUAGUUACGGGUCUUCCUAAUUUUGAUAUGCCUGUAGAUAUUUGUAAAGAUCGUGUCAUUGGAAAGCAAUCUCGCGAUAGCUUUCCAAAAGUAGAAGCAUAG